AGGAGCCGGGCCCGGACAGGAAGCGGCGGGGGACCGCAGCUGCGCUGGUGAGUGCUCCCGGGCGCCGUCUCGUCGCGUCCCUCCCGGACUCACCUCCGGGCUGGGCCCUUGGGUUCCCCCGGCCCCGAGGAGCUUACUGCCCGGCCCCGAGGUACGUUGGCGCCGUCCUUCUCGGGCUGCCUCGGCCCGGCUGCGCGCCCGGAGCCCUCGGGUUCGAGUCCGUGUCUUCACUUUGUGUCGGGGCUUCGGCCCUGGCCGGGGGGACCCCGAACCCUGUCAAUGGCCGGGUGCUUCCUGCUUCCUAGUCCCCACAGCGCCUUCAGAGCCAGUAGUGCGGGGCCGCUGCCUCCAUCGCCUAGGGACUCCGCUUGUGGAAACUGAGGCACACAGGGGUGGGGCAGCCGAAUGGGGAAGGAAAAGGAGUGUCAUUCUGCGGAGGAUUGUGGUUGGUGUCGAAACCGGACUUGUCUGGGGCUGGGGACUAAGAAAUCGGGUACAAAGUAAGAAAAUUAAAGUUCAAGACCAUGGGAGAUACAGCAAAACCUUACUUUAUAAAGCGCACUAAAGACCGUGGAAUUACUGAUGAUGAUGAUUUCAGAAGGGGUCAUCCCCAACAAGAUUAUUUAAUAAUGGAUGAUUAUGCUAAAGGCCAUAGCAAUAAAAUGGAAAAAGGCCUUCAAAAAAAAAAGAUAGCACCCGGGAACUAUGGGAAUGCCCCCAGGAAAGGACCAUAUGCGGUUUCCAGCAAUCCGUAUGCAUUUAAAAACCCAAUCUACAGUCAGCCUGCUUGGAUGAAUGACAACCACAAAGAUCAAAAUAAGAGGUGGCUGCCUGAUGAACUUACUAGUAAUGCAGAUAGCUGGAGAGAGUUCAAGCCUGGACCUAGGAUUCCUACCAUCAGCCGGUCAAGGAAAGAAUCCUUUCAAGAAAGUGAAGAUUGCUACCGGUGGCAGGAGGGGAGAGGCUGCAGAGCAGUUAGGCGGCUGUUUCAGAAGGACCUCACCAGCCUGGAAGCCAUGUCAGAAAUGGAAGCAGGAAGUCCAGAAACCAAGAAACAGCGGUCCAGACCUCGGAAGCCACGAAGGACUAGAAAUGAGGAAAGUGAGCAGGACGGAGAGUUGGAAGGUCCUGUGAUCGAUGAGUCUGCACUUUCAACAAAGGAGCUUCUGGGCUUGCAUCAGGCUGAGGAGCGACUAAAGAGAGACCGCAUUGACAGGCUCAAAAGGCGACCACGAAAUUGCCCUACAGCCAAGUACACCUGCAAGCUGUGUGAUGCUCUGAUCGACUCCAUCCCAUUUGCUCAUAAGCACAUCAAGGAGAAGAGGCACAAGAGGAACCUCAAGGAAAAACAGGAGGAAGAGCUGCUCACCACGCUGCCCCCACCAGCAGCCUCCCAGAUAAAUGCAGUUGGCAGUGCCAUUGACAAAGUGGUGCAGGAGUUUGGUUUACACAGUGAAAACUUGGACCAGAGACUAGAGAUUAAGCAUGUCAUGGAAAGUGUGUUCCAGCACAAACUACCAGACUGUUCUCUUAGGCUGUAUGGAUCUUCCUGUAGCAGACUCGGCUUCAGAGACUCAGAUGUGAACAUUGAUGUUCAGUUUCCAGCAAUCAUGUCUCAGCCAGAUGUCCUCUUACUUGUUCAAGAAUGUUUAAAGAACAGUGACUCCUUCACUGAUGUUGAUGCUGAUUUCCAUGCCCGGGUGCCCGUGGUGCUGUGCAGAGACAAGCAAAGUGGUCUUCUUUGUAAAGUGAGCGCAGGAAAUGAAAACGCUUAUCUGACCACAAAGCACUUAACGGCUCUUGGAAAACUAGAGCCGAGGCUGGUUCCUCUGGUGAUUGCAUUUAGAUACUGGGCAAAGCUUUGUAGCAUCGAUCGCCCUGAAGAAGGAGGCCUGCCGCCAUAUGUGUUUGCUCUGAUGGCCGUUUUCUUUCUCCAGCAGAGGAAAGAACCUCUCUUGCCAGUUUAUCUAGGAUCAUGGAUUGAAGAAUUCUCAUUAAACAAAUUAGGGAAUUUCAGCCUUAAAGACAUUGAGAAGGACUCUGUGGUCUGGGAAUACACUGAUGACCUCACAGGGGGCGCCACCAGCACUACAAAAGAGGAGGCACCCAGAGAGACUCCAGCGAAGAAGGGGCAGGUUCCAUUGACAUUUAAUAUAAAACACCAGCCUUCAGUGCCAGUUGGGCAACUCUGGGUGGAAUUGCUACGGUUCUAUGCUUUAGAGUUUAAUCUGGCUGAUUUAGUGAUCAGUAUUCGUGUCAAAGAAUUGAUAUCCCGAGAAUCCAAGGACUGGCCCAAAAAGCGCAUCGCUGUUGAAGACCCCUAUUCUGUUAAAAGAAAUGUGGCAAGGACCCUGAAUAACCAACCUGUGUUUGAGUAUAUACUUCAUUGUUUGAGGACAACAUACAAAUACUUCGCUCUUCCACACAGAGUAACAAAACCCAACCUCACAAAGCCUCCUGGUCCCAUUACCCAUGUUUCAGACCCAUAUAAAGAAGCAAGAAGUUGUGGCCCAAAGCUCCAAGAGACAGAUACUGAUAAAUUGGGAAAAGCAGCUAUGGCUCAAGGUCCUGGUGUUCCCACCUCAGGUUCCUGCAAGGCACAACCACUUACUCUUAAAGAUACCACUGAGCAGCUGGGAAGCCCACCAGAGGAGGACAUAGGAAGUAUGCACAUUCAGAUACAGCAGGAAAGCUCUGACCGUGUCCAAGCAGAGGUCAGUUGCGAGGGUUGUGAGGAUGUCUCAGCGCAGUACCAAGAAACAGGAAGUGACAAUGAGAAGGUCAGAAGGAAGGUCAGGCAUCUUUUGAGCUCGGAUGAUCAAGAUUUUAACAGCAGCAAGCAUCCAGAACUUAAGAACUGUGGCAGCCUUUGUGGUCUCCAAGCAGACAACACUCUGGAGUUGGUAGGGCUCCGGAGUCCUGGCACUGAAGAGUGUGGCAGCUGUGCCUCCUUGGAUGACAAGGCUGAUAUAAAUGAAGAAAACACAGAAGGGUCUCUGAAUUGCUUCUCCCCUUUGGUCCCAGGCCAGGCAUCAGCAGUCAUGCACUUUGAUGAUGAUGACGACGACGAUGAGGAGGAGGAGGAGGAGGAGGAGCCCAGGCUCAGUAUUAACCACACAGAAGAUGAGGAGGAGCUUGUUAGUGAACAUCAGGGGGAUAACAGAGACAUUGGGUCAGGUGAGGAGGAUGCCCUCUCUGAAGAGGAUGACUUAGCUGAGCCUACUAAGGGUGAAGAUCUAGAAGAGUGUGGAGAACACAUUGGUGGGACUCUGCUCAUAGACCUAAACAGAAUAAGUCUUAAUGAAAAAAGCUUUCCCGAGGAAAAUUCACCCAGGGACCAGUCGGACUUCUUCUAUGAAUUUAGAAAACUGACCUUCACCAAAGGCAAGUCCCCCACAGUAGUGUGCAGCUUGUGCAAGCGAGAAGGUCAUCUAAAGAAGGACUGCCCUGAGGACUUCAAGAGAAUCCAGCUGGAGCCUUUGCCACCACUGACACCCAAGUUCUCAAAUAUCUUAGAUCAAGUUUGCAUCCAGUGUUACAAGGAUUUUUCUCCAACUCUUGUGGAAGAUCAGGCUCGUGAACAUAUCCGGCAAAAUCUAGAAAGUUUCAUAAAACAGGACUUUCCAGGAACUAAAUUGAGCUUGUUUGGCUCCUCCAAAAAUGGAUUUGGGUUCAAACAGAGUGACCUUGACGUCUGUAUGACAAUUAACGGACAUGAGACUGCUGAGGGGUUGGACUGCGUAAGAACUAUUGAGGAGCUGGCAAGAGUCCUCAGAAAGCAUUCAGGGUUAAGGAACAUCCUGCCCAUUACAACAGCAAAGGUGCCUAUCGUGAAGUUCUUCCACCUAAGAAGUGGGCUAGAGGUAGACAUCAGCUUGUAUAACACACUGGCUCUUCAUAACACAAGACUCUUGUCUGCAUACUCAGCCAUUGACCCCAGAGUGAAGUAUCUGUGCUACACCAUGAAAGUGUUCACAAAGAUGUGUGACAUCGGUGAUGCGUCCAGAGGCAGCUUGUCAUCCUAUGCGUACACUCUUAUGGUGCUAUAUUUCCUUCAGCAAAGGUCUCCACCUGUCAUCCCUGUGCUUCAAGAGAUAUACAAAGGGGAAAAGAAACCAGAAAUACUUGUUGAUGGCUGGAAUAUUUACUUUUUUGAUCAAAUAGAUGAACUGCCCACUUGUUGGCCAGAAUAUGGAAAAAAUACAGAAUCUGUUGGGCAGCUGUGGUUGGGUCUUCUCCGAUUCUAUACAGAGGAGUUUGAUUUUAAGGAGCAUGUAAUCAGCAUCAGAAGAAAAGGUUUGCUUACGACUUUUAAGAAACAAUGGACCUCAAAAUACAUCGUUAUUGAAGAUCCCUUUGAUUUGAAUCAUAAUCUUGGUGCUGGAUUAUCAAGGAAAAUGACAAAUUUUAUAAUGAAAGCUUUUAUCAAUGGAAGAAGAGUAUUUGGAAUUCCAGUCAAAGGAUUUCCAAAGGACUACCCCUCAAAAAUGGAAUACUUUUUUGAUCCGGAUGUCCUAACUGAGGGAGAACUGGCUCCAAAUGACAGGUGUUGCCGCAUUUGUGGAAAAAUUGGACACUUCAUGAAGGACUGUCCCAUGAGGAGAAAAGUGAGGCGACGGCGAGACCAGGAAGAUACCCCAAACCAAAGAUACUCUGAGAGCAAAGAAAAAAGAAGCAAAGAGGACAAAGAAAUUCAGAACAAAUACACAGAGAAGGAAGUGUCUACAAAAGAAGAUAAGCCCACACAGUGCGCAGCUGCGAAAUCAAAGCUGGUGAGGGCAGGUGUAGACCUGGGGCGGGAGAAGAUUCUCAGGACACCAGUCGAAAAAUGGAAGAGACAGGAUGACAAAGACUUGAGAGAAAAGCGCUGUUUCGUUUGUGGAAGAGAAGGACACAUUAAAAAGGAAUGCCCACAGUUCAAAGGCUCUCCAGGAAGCCUUUCCAGUAAAUAUAUGACUCAGGGGAAAGCCUCAGUGAAGAGGACCCAGCAAGAAUCAUGAGGGAAGGAAAUGCAGCCCUGGAAAUGGCCACUGCAGCGUCCCUAUCCACUUGGAAAAUUAGGUUCACUUCACAGGACAUAGACAGAUCAGGCUUCAACAUAACAGUUGAGGGAGAUGUUGGAAUUUUUAAAGUUUUAAUGAAAUUGUUAAUGAGGAAAAGAAAAUUUUAAUACAGUCUUAACAUCAGUCCCCAGAGAUUUGAAGAUUUUAAUAGAAAGCCAUGAUGUAUUUAAGCCAACUUCAAAGAAAAAAUAUAACUGUGGGCCAGUAUUCAAUGACUACAGCGUCAUGGUUUUUAAUUCUUUCAAAGCACACUAAAAAUAGUGUGCUGUUCAUGGGAGGAAUUAGCCCUCCUUUCUCAAGGCAUCCCUUUUGAUUUCCAAGAGGGGAUUCUAUCUGUUGCUGGAUCCUGGUGUGGAUGCACAUCAAAUAUGUGUGGACUAUCCUGCUGUAGUGAGGGUCUACCAGCGUUACUCAUGGUUCUUGAAGUGAUAACACAAUGCAGGCACCUAUGGGUGUGGGCCUCAGUGGACUGCAGUACCACUGACUCAUCUCUGGGGCUUCCUUCUCUAAGGAAAUUGACACAGAACUGUUGUGCUCAUAAAAAUGAAGUCAUGAAAACAAGUAGUCCUGUUUGCUGGUCUUAAAAAAGACAUUUUCAAGGGGAAAAAUGACAGAAUAAAAGUGCUUUUUACUUUUUAUGAUACUCAGAAAUUAAGGUGGGGAACUUUUACAAACCUCUGAAGAUCAAAGAGGCUGCUGUCUCUGCCAGUCACAAGUUUGAUUGGCAUCCUUAUGGGUCUGACUGGAGCCCUCUCUGAACUGUUUCUCUAAUUUCACAAGCCUUUCUGAAAUAGUACAUAGUCAGAACUAUGCCUCGGUUUAUUUAUCAUUUUAAAAUAAAAUCGAACUUUCAACCUGUAA